AUGGAAAUUAUGAAGAUCAAAAAAAGUAGAGCAUCCACUGAGGGGAAAGAAUUAAACAAAAAGAUACACCUCAAUAAUAACCGCAAACAGGGGAGUGUGAAAAGGAUUAUGCAUUACAACGAUUCGGAAGAUAAAAAACACACAGAUAGCAAUUCAAACAUUUUAAGUAACACGUAUGAUAACAUCUAUGACGAGUUCUCAUCCAACAAUGAGGAUAGUGGGUGCAAAUCAAAUGACGACUUGGCAGAAUUUUAUCUGUACAAGGAAAUUAACAACCAUAAGUAUAACAACAAUUUGUACGACUUCUAUUUGAAUGAGUUCAAUAGUAACCUUGAGGAAAAGGACAAGCUGAACGAGUCCAACUUGAGCCUUAUUAAUAAAAUCUCUGGCAUAAAGAGGAAACACAUCUAUGGAGGCAAAAAUGAUGAAGAAAAGACAGAACAUGUGAUAGACCCAAAUGUGAAUGAAAGGACGGCAGGUGAGAAGUAUCCAAGGGGGGAGGAGUCCCAGCAGGAGGGAUCCACCUAUCGUGUCGUCAGGAAACAUCAUACAGAUUUGUGUGAUAAAGAAAACGUGGAAAAAUUAACCGAGUUGAGGAAGAAAUAUAAGCACGUAAUGCUUUAUUCUUCGCAGGAACCACUCAAUGGUGACCAAACAAAGGACCGUUACACAAAACAGAUAGACCACAUGAAGAAAAAAAAAUAUGGGGGUCAAAAUGGAAGUCAAAGUGGAGGCCAAAAUGAUCAGAAAGAAAAUGUGUACAACAUCUACUUCAACACGCUGAUAAACAAAUGUGAUUACACCAUUUCAUGUUACAUGUACAAGAGAACGAAUGCUACACAUAUGUAUAGAAAAAAAAUUCUAGUGUUAAAGAAGAAUUUUUUAAUUAUGAAUAAAUUUAAACAGAAUAUUAAUAACAUCUACAAGGACAUGCACCGAGAUGUGUAUGAUAUAUCCCAUGCUACAUAUGGACAUAUUUACAAAAGUUCAAACCACAUUUACAAUUUUAGUGUAUAUGCGAAACGAUUGAGCAAUACGGAUGGCAGUUCCACCUCAGAUAAUAGUAAUUUUUUUUCUUUAAACAAAAAGAAAAAGAAAAAAGAAAAUAAUUACAAAAUAUCAAAUGAUGGAUACCACUUCAACAAUGAGCACAUUCGUUUGGCAAACUACAAUGUGAAUGUAAUUAUCGAGUUGAUAAAUUUAAUGAAAAUUAUUUCUAUCUAUGGUUCCAUAAAAAAGUACAUGAAAAUACUCUUCUUCAAGUACACCAAAAAUAUCUUUUUAAAGAAUUACGGGUUGUAUUAUUCUUCCCCCAAAUAUUUGAAUGUGCUGAAGAAAUUCUACAAGUCCAUUCAUGCCAGUGCUUAUAAUUACAUAUAUGUAAAUAUUUUAAAAAUUAGGAACUUAGAACAAAUUAAGUAUAAUUACAUAUAUGCCAUAAUUGACGUAGAUAAUUUUUUGUACCAUUACAAGUAUGAGUACAACAGGGACAUGUUCAUACCGCUUUUCACGGACAGACAGAAUAAAGUAAUAUUUCACUUUUAUACAGACCUGGAUUUGUAUCUAGGACAUUUUGCUCUACGCAAUUAUGAAAUUGAGAAGCACAUCGAUUUUGAUUUGUACAAAAAGGCAGAACUGAAUAGUAUGCAAAUCCAGACGGAUUUCUUUUUAACGAAAAAUAACAAGUGCAGAAAUACAUCCAUGUAUAGCUCCACGUCGUCUAACAGAACAGCAAAGUUAUUCAGCUCCUUUUGCAAUAAAACGAAUGACCAAGUGUCAAAUGGUCUUUCUCUCCUGAACCAAAAAAAUAUUUUCUUCGAUAAAAAUUAUUUUUUUGUCAGAAAGUUACAUAAUGCACAGAAAAAUAGCAAAUAUGAAUCCGACUCAAAUGAUGAUAAUUUGUAUGUCCAUAUAUUUAUAUAUAAAAGUAAAAACCGAUUUGAGUACUUGCUACCGUCUCAAAACACCACCAAUGUGCUUUGCAAUGAUGAAGAUGUAUCCAUGACGUAUAACAACGUUAACAAUAAUUACCAAUUGGUUAAUUUAUUUAUAAAUAAUAUAAAACGCACCAUGCAGAUAAAAAAUAGAUUCAGCUAUAUCUUCGAUAAAGUAAACGGCAUAUUCGAAUUUAGAAGUUUCAUCAUUUCGAUCAUUUCAAUUUUUUACCUUUUUCUCUGUUCCUAUUAUAAGAACUACAUACACAUUGUUCUCCUUCUAACCGUGGCAUUUCUGAUAUACAUAAAUAAUGAGAAGAAUUACGAAUUUUGUAAAAACCUCUUGUACGAUUUUCCUAUUCUGUACCUCCUUUUUCCUCAUAAGAUUUUGUGUACAAUAUCGAAGAAGUCCAAUUUGUACCACCUCCACGCAUUUCUGCACAUUUUCAUGUUGCACAGUUUUCCCUCCUUCUUUCAAUACUUGUAUAAACAUUACAAGUCCAGGUGCGUCUACUUUUUUGCCUAUGCCCCUGCUUACCUAGGUAAGUAUUGUAAUGACCACUUCUUGGACAACGCGAGUACUGAGCACAGCAAAAGUAAGCCCUCCUUGGGUAGGUUCUCCAAGGUGAAAUGGAGCAGGAGGAAGGGCUUCCAAGAUGGGCAUGAUAGAGUAUCUGUGAAGAAAGGCAUGAGGGGCAAGGAUAGGCAGACGAAGGCAGAUUCCGUUUUGAGUCCAACCUGUGGCAUCAACAGAGGGGAGGGGGACACGGUAAGCUGUAUGGGGGACAACAAUGCCGUCGUGGGUCCUGCCCAAAUGGUUAACGGUGCUAUACCUGUGCACGAAGGACAAGGGAUUAUUCUCAAAUCCACCAGUGACAUCUUUCACGAGCAGGGAGGUGCCAAUUGCGGGGAAAUUAUCAACGUCAUGGAUGGCACAAGCGAUCAUGGUCACAAUAACCAGCGCGAGAGAGACCUACACUUUUUAGGAGAAGAUGCGCAAAAUCGAAAAAACGGGGAAGGCGACGAAGGCGGCGAUGGGGAUGAUAAAGCCCCAUUGAAAGGAGACAGUGAUAUUAGGGAGUCACAAGUUAUUAGCUGUACCAAUGGAGGAAACAACGAUGGAGCGUACGAUGAGACCAACGAGGGCAAAUGCAUGUAUACCAAAUUGAUAAAGAACAGCAAACUUUGUCAUAUGAUUAACAACAAUAAGCAGUGGCUAAUGGACUACUACGUCACGGGGGGAUAUCAAAAAGUUAGUAACUCAGACAAAACGACGAACGUAAAGCGUAAAAAUGAUAAAUCGAAUUCUUGCAAGUUAAAAAAUAGGUUCUCCGAUAUGAAGCUUUUACUCGAGGAACAAACAGAAAAAGGAAACAAAAUUGUACAUGAUGGGACUUCAAUUGUACGCAGUUCCCUGUCAUUUACUGAAGGAAAAAACUAUUUUGAACGAAAUGGUUCAUUCCUUUCAAAAUAUAAUUAUACCUUUGAUGAUGAUGUGGAAACUUAUUCUGAAGAUCUAGGCAUUAACGAAAUUAUGCUACUCGAUUUGGAGAUUAAAAUUGUAAAUCACAUGAAAAAUAAUUAUUACGAUUCUACCAGCCGAAUACCUACUGACAAGGUGCAAAAGGACGAAAAAAACGUAGAGGAGUUGGAAGACCGAAAGAACUGUGGAAACAGGGAGUUCUGCUUUGAAAUAAAUAAUGCGAAAUAUUCCGUGGAUGUAAGUUUAUAUGAAAGUACUAGGUAUGUCCACUUUUUCAAGUCCUGCAAUAGUGUAGGGGGUCGUCGUGCUAUCAACCAUCCCCAUGCGAGCAUCCUAUCCAAAGACUACUAUAGCGAUAGAAGCGUGAAAGCUAAAGGUAGAAGGAACACACAAGGGUGCACCACAAACAGUUCCGAUCGAACACACAACAAUAACAACAGGAAAAAAAACUUCUACAGCAUUAUUGAAUAUUUCCCCGGAUACUUUUACAACAAAAUCGAAAUUAUAUACAUCAAUGUGAUAUUAAUUUUUAUUUAUGUGUAUUGUCUUUUAAUAAUAACUGUGCAUGGAGGACUGAACAACGAUUUUCCUCUAUAUUUUUAUUUCCUAAAUAAAAAAAAAAAAAGAGGAAAAAGAGUGGCAAAACAUAGGGGAAAAAAGAGUGACUGCGCAGAGCACAAUGAACCAUUGAUCAACGUAGAAGCGAAGAAGAAAAAAAGUGAAGAAAUGACCUACACGUCAAACUUGCUGUUCAAAUCAAAACGUAUAUUCAAGAAUUGGAAACAGAAGAGGAAGCUCAAUAAAAAGAACAUUAAGCUUGACCUAGGCAAAAAUCUCUCCUCAUACGCUCUUGGCAACAUUAAACAGGGGAGCUUGUUUGAGAAAAACGUCGAUGCGCUCUUCUGCGAAGAGAAGAAGUGCGAGGGAAAUGAAGAAAAGGAAAAAACGGAAGCGAUAACGAAUAAGUACAAGUCUAGCAUAAAGGAAGAGCUGCAGUCCGAACCAAACCAGCAAGACGAAGCACCUUUGACAAAUAGCAACCAGACCGGCGAUCUUGAAUUAAAGGACAAUAUUGAAGGUGAUCGUGCCAAUAUGCUAAAUGUAACCUCACUGCACAAGGGGGAAGAAGGAAUCUCUCCGUGCCCCACUUUAAAUUCCCCAGUUGAGCUGUCCAACGUACAGUUAUGUAACAUUGCAGAGGGGAAUGUGAACAUGAAAGGGGACAUCGCAGGGGAAGCGCUUAAUAAUAGCGGUGACAAAUUUGCACCAAAAUGUGGAUAUGAUUGUAAAGGAGACCUUGGGGAUAACUAUGCAUUGGAAGCUCAGCAUAAUAGGGAUUAUCGUUUGGCGGCCCAAAAUGUCUAUGAUGCGGAAGCCUACAUGAGCGCGCAAAAGGGAGGCGGUUACCUCGGAGCUGAUAUCAGUCCAGAGAAGUCUCACAUCUAUCAGGAGAAUCACAUGUGUCAGUCGACCCCACAAUACUGCGACGAUGAUCAAAAGAGUUCUUUGAACCCCCACCACAGUGAUGAUAACUUCACGAGCCGGGUCUCCCCGAAUCGCAAGGAUCCCAAUCAGGACCAAAUAUUUAUGCCUUUCGAUGAGACCCCCUUCGAAGAAACACCUUUCGAAGAGACACCCUUCGACGAAUUAAAUAACAGCGCUCUAGAAGACGCUUUUAAUCUGGAAAAGGAGAAAGACACCCUUUGCAGAAAAUUUAGGAAGGCUAAAUAUUUUUCCAUGAACGAAAUAAAAGACCAUUGUAAAAAAAAAUUAAAGGCAAAUAACAUAUUCCUCCGGGAGAAUUACCCGAUGUAUAACGACCAAGGCUAUGUAAGCCAUGAGAAAGGAGAGGAUCUACAUAGGACUGAUGUAAGCCCAAAAAGAGCGAUGAAAAACUUUCUGGGAAAAUUAAAAGAUAUAAAGGAAGAGAACCUUAGCAAAAUUAAAAAUAUUUACAAAUCUGAAAAAUGCAACAAUCGUUUUAAGAAAGGGUUCAACAUGAUAAAAAGCAAAAUUAAAAAUGAAAGUGUCGAGGACAAUUUUGCCUACAGUAAGGACAACCUUUGGGGGGAAAAGAAAAAUAAAAAGAAAAAAGGAAAACACUAUGCACAAUAUAGUGAAAAUGAAUUUGACACAUAUAAAAAUGUAGAGUUAUUCGAUUUGCAAAAUUUGUUUCCACCAUCUUGUGACGAAAGCAUGGAAAAGUACGCCUUGGGGGAAAAGCUACCGAAUAAUUCUCACGUAGGCGUUAUAAACAGUGAGAACAAUUACACGGUUAACACACCCUACAUAGGAAAUAACAGCGCAAUUAAUUACAACACAGGGUAUAGAAACACAUUAGUAAAAAACUGUCUUAUGGACAAAAGCUUUAUCUCCAACACGUCUACGUACCAAGAGGGGAAGUUCGAAAGAGACAAGAAGGAAGACUCGAUUGACCUGAAAUUUACCUCCAGUUUUAUGAAUAACAAAAAGUAUGACUUAGAAUUUGCCACCGCUGAUAUGGUCGAGGAGGAAAAUAAAUUAGGGGAAAAACAUAUCCUUCACAACCUAUCCUUCAAUUCUAAGAGGAAGGAAUUAAAAGACAAAAUCAUUUCGUACCUAAAGAGGAAAACGAAUAAGAAGGAAAAAAAUAAAAGUUACGAAGUUACACCAAUGAUGUGGUUUGAGAAAGAGUUACUAAAUGAUGACAUGCACCUAGGGGAUGAAAACAAAUUGAUUAAUUUGAUCAACUAUGAAGAAGGUACUUACUCCAACAAAGACAACGAGGUAAACCAUGUGAAGAAUGAAGGGGAUAAUAAGUUAUCCUUCAAAAAGGACAACGACGAGUUUGUCAAUUUUAAAGAAAACAAAGAAAAAGUUAUCCCCCCCCUGAACGUUGACAAGAGAUCAAAGAAACCCGUAAACUCGAAUGUUUCAUUUACUGUGCCGAAGAGAAUAAUUAAAAGAAAUCGAGACUACCUUAAAUAUUACAGGAGCGGAUAUUUUAGCGAAUACGACAUGCAUAGAAUUAUAAGAAGCAGGGACAAAAAGAAAUUUGCAUACUCAAACAGUAUGUAUAAGCAUAUAAAAGAGGUGAUUGAACAGAAGAAUGAAACGGGGGAUAAUCAUCCUAAUAGCAGAAAAUCAAACGAGUGUUUCUCCCAAAAAAAAGUCAACCACAUGGGGGAUAACAUAUUUAGUGGACCUACUCACAUUGCUGGGAAAAAUGAGACAGACAAUUUUUUACACAUUGAACAGAUGGAAGAGGAAGAGAAACACACAAACAAGAACAUUUUUAGCAAAAACAAAAAAAUUUUUUCUCACAUGAAGAAGAAAUUUCUGAAAUUUAAAAAUAAAAAUAAAAAUAAAAAUAAUUUCUUUAAAGAUAAGAUAAGAAACUUGGUUAAUAUGCAGUAUGCAAAUUCAUAUAACGAAUAUGACGACAGGACAAUCUGUUACGAUGAAAAUGGCCUUCCUGUUCUCCCUGCUUCUCCUGAAAAAAAUGCACCUAAGGCCAAAAAAAAGAUGUUCUUCAUAAAUGUGAUGGAAAAAAGUAACCAAAAUGUGGCUCUCAAUUCUGCAGACAAUAAUGGUCAUGGCAGCACUUCAUCCGAUAAUAAUAAAACUAGGACUGUGAAAAAACUGCAGGAGAUUGAAUCUAAUGAAAAUUAUUUUAAAGCUAUUCGAAGCAAAAUAAACAUGCUAGGUAGUUCAACUCGGGCAUACACAUGGGUAGGUAGAGAGGAGAACCCCCUUGAUCAACGAUAUGUGCGCACACAAGUUAAAAAGAAAAAGAAACCAGAUACGAUCCGAAUGAGUGAUGGAGAAAAUAAACAUGUGAUGAACAAAUCCUCAGCAUCGAAAAAUUACAGAAGUAGGAGUAAACUGAUAUAUGCUAACAAAGGCAGCUACAUGUGCAGUAAUGGUUCCUAUAAAGACCAACAUGAACUCACGAAAUAUUCAAAUUAUAUUAAUUUAAAAAAAAAAAAAGAGCAAGAAAAACACGCCAUAACAAUUGCUGUAAGUAAUUUUAAUAAAUUCCUUUUAAGCAAAAAGAAUUACUACAAUGGUUUGGAAAAAACGAACUUUUUUCUCAAGUGUUAUUGCAACAUUGCAGUUCUCGUAAUUAACUACUUUUUAAUUUUCACCAUCACAUGUAUAUAUGUGAACAAUGUGUACAACCUCUUUUUGUGCGCAAAGCAUGUGCACUUGAAAGCAAAGAAAAGGGAAAGAAAAAAUCACUCGGAUUUUAGCAAAAUCAUCCGCAUAAUAUAUCACAAGAACAUUUUUGCAACAAAUGAUAAUUCCAUACAUAUAAGCAAACAUAAAAAUAUGUACAUGAAAAAAAAUAUAUUUGCACAGAUAUUUGUACAGAAUAAAAGACAAAGUGCUAAGACCAGUGUAAAAUGUGAUGAGGAAGAGGUGGAGGAGGAAGAGAAAGAAGAAGAUGAAGCUUCAUCAGAUAGCCAACAAAUGAAAAAAACAGACAUUCGAAAUUAUUAUUUUAAUCCAAGUAAAUACUAUGAAGAAAUUAAGAAUAAGAAAAAUGUUCUCAGUUUGUACAAAAGCGCAAAGAGCAAUAUUAAAAUGAUAAUGUCGAAACAUAUGAUGCUUAAUCUCUAUUUGGAAAAGUUUCUAAAUCUUUUCAAUCAUAAAAAUUUUAACCUCACAAAGAUUGUCAUAUCACUCCUGGGUUACUUUUCCAUUUUAUUGCUUUCGAUCAAAUUCCAUCAUUUGGUCAUCGUAAAAUUGUUGCAUUUGUACUACAAGGGAUACACGAGGAGGUAUUACAAAAACGUUGUUCUUAACAGCAUCUUGGAGAACAUUAAAAAUGUAAAGAUAAGCUUGAAACUGUAUAAGCCCAUCUGUUCCUUAAAGGAGGAAGAGUGUUGUGCGCUGAUUGAAGAAAUUAACAAAACAUGCAACCAGAAUUUGAAUAUAUCGCAAUUUAAGGACAUCAAUGACGAAUACGACUUGGCUAACGUCAUUAUGACAAAUUUAAGUGAAUUUUCCGAGAUGAAGAGAAUAAUAAGGCAAGAAUGGAACCUCAACCUGCUGAACAAUUCACCCAAUGAUAAUGCGAACGUGGUCAAUGCGCGGAACAACACCUUGUACUAA